UCCGUUGACCCAAUUAAAAUCCAUACCCACCUUGACGCAGUGCACUAAACACAACACGCGCUCAUCGAACCCCUUCACACUUCGACACGUCAACAUCCGAUCGCGAAUACACCAGCAUUGCGCGUGCACAAUUAAAUUCCUUGUUUCCCACCCAAACGCAACGGUCUCUCCGGACACAAUGCCCCAAUCAACCCCAGCAAAAACCCCCCUCCAUUUCUCUCUUCCCCAAGCGCUCUCUCUCUCUCUCUCUCUCUCUCUCUCUCUCUCUCUCUCUCUGUGUAACUUCAUAGCAAAGUUUCAAAACCAACGAAAACCCUAACCCUUGGCAGUUUCGGUUUUUUGAUCUUAUCGCGGAUUGAACUAUUUGAAGAAUAUAAUGCGAUUGCGAAGCAACAGUAAUCAGGAAGAGAGGCAUUCUAGUAGCACCAGUAGAAGUAGAGGUACUAAGAAUCUGAGGGUUUUGAUAGAGAGGCGGUGUUUGGCUCCCCUGACACUAAACGACAAUGUUGGUGAUGGUAAUGUUCGGAACUACUCGUCGUACCAGAAACUUCCUCAGCUUCACCUUCUUAAGCUAUCUGUUCUCAAGCUCGAUGGCUCUGCCUUCGAAGUCCUGGUUGCGAGGAAUGCUACAAUAUCAGAGCUUAAACAAGCGAUAGAAGAAGUUUUUACUUCAGUAUCAAAGGAGGAAGGUCAUGGCAUAGCAUGGUCACUGGUUUGGGGGCAUUUCUGCUUAUGCUAUGAAGGUCAUAAGCUAAUCAAUGACAAAUCAUAUAUUCGAAAUUAUGGGAUCAAGGAAGGUGAUCAGCUUCAGUUCAUCAGGCAUAUGUGCAUCAACUUUUCACCUCUAGAGAAACGAUCUGAGAAAGAGAGUACGGUUUUUUGGAAAAAGCAAUCAGUGUUGACGGACAAAGAGAAUACUAAUAUUGAUGGAGAGCAAGAAGAAAACUUCGUCCAGGCUCAGUUCAAGAUGCCCCAGUUUGUGAGAGGAUGGCUGUCAUAUUCCAGGCUGUGGGGUGGUUUGAAGAAGGGAAUCAGAUUGCAGGAGUCGUCCUAUGAGAUUGGCCCUGCAUGGCUUAGGAACAUAGGAUGAUGCAACUUAGCCAGUAGAGCUAUUAUCAAGAGAAAAAACUUGGCCAGUAGAGCUGGUUGCCUCCUUGGCUCACAUUUUGUGGACAUAUCACAUAUAGCAAGUAAGAUUAGCCAACAUGCUCUACUUUUUGUUGUUUCUUCCUAGGGCUGAAUUUAGCUAAACACUGGAAGUAGAAAAGCAAGAAAAGAAAGCUCAACGUCCCUGUAAAUAUGUUGUUGUUCUUUGGUAACUUUUUAGAUGUUAUUUUAAAGUAUCCUCUAAUUUCUUAUCCUAUUCAAACUUCAAACUUCAAACUUCUUUGUUUUAUUAAAUAUCUCAAAAAAAAAAAAAAAAAAAACUAAAUUUUACUUUAUGG